AUGAACUUCACUGUGAUUGAUGGAAAAACUGUGAUCUCAAAGGGCUACACAAACGAAGCAACUACUCUUUGGGCUUCUCGAGGCGGGCAGCGACCGCUCGCACGCCCCAAGUGUGGAUACACGGGUGGCGAUUGUCCAAAACCGUUCUGGGAGGACUACGGUACAUACGUCAUAGUUGCAGCAUCGCUAGUUGGAGUACUGUUGGUUGCUGCCGCAAUUUUCUUUGCGUACCUCAUGAGGUAA